AUGAGGGAGCAGGGCGUGGAGGGUGUUUCUCUGGGAAUAAGAGAACUCCAGAAACUGUCCACGGUGGCCGAGAAGUCAUGGGUCCUGCAGCUGGAAGAGGAGCUCACCCUGAAACGCCUCGAGAUGGAAGAACUUCAGCAGUGCCUGCGGCACCCCGACCCCCCUCCCCCCGACCACCCCGAGGACCCCGAGACCCUGCGGCUCCGAGAGCUUCUUCUGUCGGCCAGCAGGGAGCACCAGCCCGACAGCAGCCUGCUCUGGUAGAAGUACGAGGUGGCCCUGAAGGCCUACCAGGCCGAGGUGGACAAGCUCUGCGCCGCCGCCGACAGGUACGCGCGGGAGGUGGCCGACCUCAAAGCCAAGGUCCAGCAGGCCACCAGCGAGAACGUGGGGCUGUUGGACAACUGGAAGAUGAAACUGGACUCUUUGGCCUCUGACCACCAGAAGUCCCUGGAGGACCUCAAGGCCACGCUGAACUCGGGCCCUGGGGCCCAGCAGAAGGAGAUCGGGGAGCUUAAGGCACUCCUGGAAGGCAUCAAGAUGGAGCACCAGCUGGAGCUGGGCAACCUGCAAGCCAAGCACGACCUGGAGAUGGCCAUGCACAGGAAGGAGAAGGAGGGCCUGCGGCAGAAGCUGCAGGAGUACCAGGACGAACUGGCCCGCCUGCAGCAGCACUGGCGGGCCCAGCUGGAGACGCAGGCCAGCCAGCACCGGCUCCAGCUGCAGGAAGCCCAGGACCAGUGCCGCGACGCCCAGCUGCGCGUGCAGGAGCUGGGGGGACUCGACGGCGAGUACCGCGGCCAGGCGCAGGCCAUUGAGUUCCUCAAGGAGCAGAUCUCGCUGGCUGAGAAGAAGAUGCUGGACUAUGAGCUCUUACAGCUGGCCGAGGCCCAGAGCAGGCAGGAGGCUGAGCUACUCCGCGAGAAGCUUCUGGUUGCCGAGAACAGACUCCAGGUGGUUGAAUCCUUGUGUUCUGCCCAGCAUAGCCAUGUGAUAGACUCCAAUUAUAUUUCUGAGGAAACAAUCCGGAUGAAGGAGACCAUAGAGGGCCUGCAGGACAAGCUCAACAAGAGGGACAAAGAGGUGGCAGCCUUGGUGUCCCAGAUCGAGAUGCUCAGGGCCCAAGUAAGUGCCCUGGAGAACAAGUGUAAGUCGGGAGAGAAGAAGGUGGACUCCCUUCUGAAGGAGAAGAGAGGUCUGGAGGCGGAGCUGGAGACUGAGUCACCGAAGACCCAUGAUGCCUCAGGCCAGCUGGUCCACAUCAGCCAAGAACUGCUGAGGAAGGAACAGAGUCUGAACGAGCUACGGGUGCUGCUGUUAGAGGCUAAUCGCCACUCCCCAGGGCCUGAGAGGGACCUGAGCCGCGAGGUACACAAGGCCGAAUGGCGGAUGAAAGAGCAGAAACUCAAGGACAACAUCCGGGGCCUGCGUGAAAAGCUGACGGGGCUGGAUAAGGAGACGUCGCUAUCGGAGCAGCGGCGGUACUCCCUCAUCGACCCGGCCUCUGCCCCGGAGCUGCUCCGGCUGCAGCAUCAGCUGGCCAGCACCGAAGACGCGCUACGGGACGCCCUGGACCAGGGUCAGCAGGUGGAGAGUCUCGUGGAGGCCCUAAGGGGAUGCUCGGACCGGGCCCAGACCAUCGGUAGUUCCGGUUCUGCCAAUGGUAUCCACCAGCCGGAUAAAGCCCACAAACAGGAGGACAAACACUGACCCUGAGGGACACCAUCGAGUGGCCAGUUCCCACCAGAGCCCUGCCAGGCUGCCCUGGCAGCGAGCCAGGAGUGUCCCUUCAGAGACAAGACUGUGUAACCAUAAUGUCCUCACACGUGGACAAUCUUCACCCAAACCCCCUGCCGGACCAGGAGACUCCCACAGAAAGUGGUACAGCGAGGCUUGGCCCAAGGAACCUCUCUUGGGCCUUCCCAGAACCUUCUGGAAUUGAUUUAUGGAGGCUGAGGCAUCCCCUUGGGCCUUUCUUCCUCCAACGGGCUGCCCUGCCUGAGGUCUGUCUGGGUGUCCUGGGUACUUCCCUUCCCCCUUGUCCUUCUGAAGUCCCCAGGACCCCCACAGGCCUCUGAGGGGCAGAGCAGGGCUCAGCCUCUCUUGUGGGCACACUGUCCAAGGACAGGUGCGGUUGGUUUUCAAGAGCCCAGUGGAAACUCAUCUGCGGUAUAAACCAAGUGAAGGCAGUCCUGGGGGCAUCUCACCCCACAUGCCAACUUUCCUUCGCACAGUAGUACAAGGUCCCAGGGGCCUCUCUAACCAGGGAGGGGCCAGGCCCAAGGACUCAGGGGACAGGGUCCCUCUUCCCCGACACCAGGCUAACAUGCUUACACACCUCCCACCUGAGGUGCAGCCAGCCUCAGCAGACAACGCUACAGUAUUAGUCGAGCUCACAAAGCCUCUCUCUCCGUCCCACCACGACCUUGAGCCAGUCCUGACUUAGAGCCUGGAGCCAAUGUUUUCAACAAACACGUGCUGUUUCUGGGAGGGGGGAGGAGAAGGGGGAGAAUCAAACUGGCUCUCUGUGUUUCUUGCAAGCCCAGAGGGCCCUGCCCCCACGAAGCCACUCCCAGCUCCUAGCUCCCAGCUCCACCUAUGACCAGAGAGGGUGGCCUCGAGCCCCCCUUGAGCUGGAUUGCUUUAUACAAGUCCUGGAACCCUCCCGUGUGGCCUCUCUGCAAGCACGAUGAGCGACCAGUAGGGGGCACUCGUGCUCUUACCAAUCCGGAGGGAGUGAGUUAUCCCAUUGGGCCUCCUUCCAACUCCCUGUUGAUAUUAGGU